AUGUUCGGUGGUUGCCAUCCCACCUUUACCCCAAAUAUCCAUUCUUUUACUCAAAAAAAAGACAGUUUCAUAAAGAAAUCUGACAAAGUAAUGUUUUGUGAAUCGUAUUUCUCCAAAGUACCGGUAACCGUUAGUGAUGAUUCAGACUUUCUACUGAAACCACCACCAAACAAAAUCGAUGAAUAG